CAUGACUCAUACAUGUCAUAAUUCUUUUUGAAUCACGACACUGGCAUGACUGGUUGAUUGAACCUAGAUGAUAUCCUGGUGUGUUAAUCUAAACGCAUUCUAUAAAUCCUGGUUCUUCAUACCACAAGUUAUUUGAAAUUGAAGCAAGAGGACAGAAAAAGAAGAGAGAAGAGAAGAGGAUCGAGAGACAUGAGAGAAGACAGAUCAUAAUUUUUCAACUCGGUCAAUCUCAUCAUCAUCAUCACUUGGCCUGUUGUGCUGUUCACAGUUCAUGACUUCUUUCAUUUGACUUCAGCAGCUUAGCAGAUGGAUAGUACUCUACCCGGUGUCUUGGUGCAUUUUCUUGAUUCUUCUCGAUAGUGUGCUGCAAUCAGGCAAUCCGAUCUGUGUGUCCUCACUGGCUUAGGCCUACAGUAUAAAUCUAUAUCACCCGACAUCUGAUUCUUUGUCCUGCUGGGUUAAGACGUGAACCAUCGUUUUUGUUGCAAACAGUCCAAUUCAAGAGUUCACAAGGAUGGCUGAUAUGUCAGGAAGUGGUUCAAGUAGGAGUGGUGCUAGCAGAGGAAAGAAGAAGGGCAAACUGGCACUUACGACUGGACUCAAUCCACAAUACGUCCAACCGGAAUUCAUCCACAAGUUGGGAGAAUCCUUCCAAGCAAAUUGUGCCUACACUGAUGAAACCCAGACCAUUAUUUACAAUGACCCAUUUAGAUGCUGUGUGCUUCCCAACUUUAUCAAAGAUGAGCGCUUCCUCGAGGGCCUCAAAGAUGAAUUACUGGAUCAGAUAUUCUAUGAGAAAAACAAUGACCUGUACAAGUUUCAGCAGACUGACGAUCUGCGAAAGAUAUCUUCACCCCAUGUCAGAGCCCUUAGGAAAUUUUUGUAUUCCGACUUCCUGGCUUGGCUGAGAGAGGUGACUGGCAUCCAGUUUAGUGAAAAAGUUGAUAUGACCUGCUCAAAGUAUGAUUAUACUGAUACUCUACUCUGCCAUGAUGAUGAACUUGAAGGUCGACGGAUAGCGUUCAUUCUGUAUCUAGUGCCUCCUUGGAAAGAUGGUGACGGUGGGGCAUUAGAAAUAUUUAACACAGAUGAAAACAGACUACCAAAGGACGUUAUCCGAUCUAUUUUCCCAAAAUGGAACAGCUUUGCCUUCUUUGAGGUGAAUCCAGUGUCUUUCCAUCAGGUUGCUGAAGUGUUGACUGAAGACAAGACGAGGUUAUCAGUAAAUGGAUGGUUUCAUGGUCCUCCUAUACUAAGGCCAGAACCUUUUGUAGAACUUCGAAAGCCUCUUAGACCUUAUAUACCAAUUGAUGAGGAGAUUUUAUAUGAAUGGAUCAACCCUGUGUAUUUAGAAAUAGAAGUCCAGUCAGAAAUACAAGAGAAGUUUGAACAGGAAUCAGAGAUAGAGCUGCAAGGCUUCCUAAGGGAGGAGAAAUACUUAGAAGUAGCGCGUGCUUUAGCUGCUGGCUCUAUAUCAUGGCAACAACUUGGCCCUCCUAAUAAAAGAAACUAUUCUGCUGCUGACCAGACUGAUCUUCCAGACAUUCUCAACCAGUGUUUAGAGUUCUUCCAAUCCGAUGCUAUGUUUCUGAUCCUCUCCAACCUGACAGGCCUGUCGCUUCAUGAGCUUGCGGCCAACAGUGACAGCAGUAAUAGCGAGAGUGAGGGGUCCAAUGGGGAGGACAGCGACCGGGAGACAAAGGGAAUGAAGAAAAGGGUGAAGCGGAGAAAGUUGGAUAAGGGCAGCAGUGAUGAGGGAGAGGAAGUGACAGGUACAACAAAACCAGGUAAAGCAGAGAAGAAUCCUCGAUGUCGUGGUGCUGUGCGGAGAUGGAGGCAGGGAUGCUACACUCUUAUACACGAUACAGACAGUGAAGGAGCUGAGUAUGCAUUAGAUGCUAUGCUAUUUUGUGAUUGCCGUGGGUGGCAGCAGGAGUAUGGUGGUUUCACUUCCUACAUAGCUAGAGGGGAAGAUGAAGAGUUACUUACUGUAAAUCCAACCGAAAAUGCUCUUGCGCUGGUCUAUCGCGAUAAGGAAACAAUGAAGUUUGUAAAACACAUCAACAACCAUAUCAAAGAGAUGAGCUCAGGACCUGAAUUCUAUGACAUAUCACUUGUCUACUUUGAAUAGUCCAAGGACAGUAUUCUACCGAUUGUACAAACUAUGGCAUGGUCGCGUGUUCAGAAUGACCUCAGUCUGUUAAAACAUGAACAUUUUGCACUUUCAUUCACUGUUAGCUGUAGAAAAAGAUUUUAUUAAUGGAUUUAUUUUUCAUCAUUCAUGUGAUAAAGUUCUGAAAAACGUGUGUCCACAAAAUUGUUAGAUGACGGGAAGUAUCCCCUAAAUGGCUUCUUUGCUUCCAGCAUUGAUUCAGCUUGAUCGCAUGGUGAAAUCAUGAUAUCUGCUUACUGAGCGGCGUCUUUAGUUGCCUUGUUGUAGGUUGAAAAUGAACUAAAAUUGUUAUUACAGAAUCGGUAUAUGCCAUCUCCCAAGAAUGUUACAUUGCCUCCAUUCGGCCUGACGGGAGUGGUAUAUAAAGAAGUGGUCUCACAGAGUUAAGAGCUAGGCCUGGGUUGUCUUGGUGAUUCCAUUGUUCCACGUAAAAGCAUUAACAGUGCCGCUGAACUAUGAGGUAGAAAAGACACCUACCUGAGGAGUGUCAGAGGUGAAAUGAAAUUCUUAAAACUUGCAAUGUAGAAGUAUAUUUGGAUGGUCUGUAAUAAAUUUGUUAUACAAAAUAGCUGUAUUAUUUGAAGGUCUUCCAGUUAUAUAGCCUGUAUGAUGAAGGUAAUAACUGAAUCAUGAUAUUUUAUCAGUUUUAAAACCAAAACCAUUUUUUCAAACCAUUUAGGCUUAGUUAGUUUCUCCAAAACAUUCAUGUUAAUAUGUACACUGCCAAAUAUUCCAUUCUUUCAUUUAUGUUCCAUAUUACAUGAGUGUACGCAUCAGCUUUAUGCUCUGCUAUGGACGAUUAAUAAAUGGUAAA